CCGCCAACAGUUGGAGUUUAGCAUUGGUGGAAAAUGGUCGUUUCGCACUAGGUUCGUCCGGAAAAAUAUUGCGGUAACUCUAAACAAGCGCACUGGAUUACCACACUAGAGUGAGAGCGAGUGGACCAGUAGGGGGUGGUGUGGUGUGCGAACGCUGUUGGCGCGAGUGAAGUAAUUUUCCGUCCACCCACUUUCGAGUUUUGAACCAUUCUUGGAACCUGUCCCGCUGCGCUUGCUGCGUAUGUGUUGGUUUCCGACGGGUGUUCGCUACGCUAAAGGUGUGCUUUGAAGUGAGAUGGAUCCUUCGGAAGGAAGGAAGUGAAAAGCCGAAAAUGAUGGUGACUAAUUAUUUCUGCGUGUUCUAGCCGAGUACGCUUUUCUGGUAAAGCUAUAAAGACGAAAUAUUCGGAGGUUGUGCACAGUCGAUUCAAUCCGGAAAUACAACUGUUGAGGGUGGUGGGUGCGAAUGAGUACCCUCGUUGAAAAUUAAGAUUCAGCUGAUUGCGGUAGGAGCCCGAGUCGGGUGGAAAUUGCUACACGGUGCAACCCUCAGCAAGUCCUCACAAUAACGGUGUAAUUUUUACGGUGGAUUUAAUGAUACUGAUGUUUUGAUAAAGCUGUUGCUGAUCCUCAUUUGGAUAAUUGUACUGCGAAUACGCAGUGAAAGUGGAUGAAUGUUUUCUAGUGCACUCACGGUCACUCGUCUGUGUUGUCGUGAGCCCGGUUCCUUAAGGUGAAGAAGUGUAUGUGGUAGUGUUUUACCACCAAGCGCCAAGGAUACAAUUCCAGGCUGUCGAUCCGGCAGUAGGAUAAGGGAUUCACCUGUGAGCGUUGCCAGUUCCGAAGUAUAGUGAAAUACAGCAGAAGCAAUGCAAGUAGCAUAUUACUUCGCAUAGCUCGUUCAGUUUACGUACAGACCCUCGUGUUCCAGUACUGUUCAUCAGUUUACGACGUGGGCUGAUCAGGACAUCCUAAGUGAAAAACAACUAACGUGACAAUUAAAUCACAAUUAUAAUUGCAAGUGUUCACAAGAGAAGAAAUCGCGUACGCAGCAAAGCAGCCUGUGCAAGAAGCGAUUAAAAUUUUAGCGUGAAUAAUUAUUCCUCCAACAAUUACGCCGACAGACGAGAGAAGAAGCAACGUCGAAACUUGACAAAGUGGAGGGCAAAUUAUCUCGGAAGCGGUACACCCGCUAAGAAGGAAAAUGCUCACGUGAAGAUAUUGUUUUGUAAUUGUGCGGAAGCUGUUUGUAGUGUUGCGUUGGACGGUUGAGGUGGUUGCCGUACUCAACGACACUUGGGAACUAUUUGAUCUUCAGUGUGAUGCGGUUAGUUCACCGGCCGUUUCCGUGAUUACCCCGUGUUCUCUGCCAAGCCACUGGAGGGAACCCGCGUCACCAUCAGGAGUUUUAUGAGAACUGGAGCUUGCUGUACCGUGUAUGUGUGUGCAUGGUUCGUAGCGGAGAAACGUGUUGUGUUAAAUAAACAUCAUUUGAAUUUCUCGUUGCACGGUUGUGCUGACUUUAUUAAAAAGGUUUUUUUUCAAGCAGACAUUAAAAAUUGUGUAAUAAUAUUACUCAGCAGAAUUGAAUCGGCGAACACCAUAAGCAAAGUAACACUUCCCGGUGGCCGUGGGGAAACCUGCCACUGCUCGGGUAAAUAAUAGAAAGCCUUGAAAGCAUUCCGGUGAAGCGAAACGGUCAUGAAUAAAUUAUAAUAAUGAAGAAUAAACAACAGUAGAUUUUGCACUAGCAAAAAGCAUCCCAUCGCGAAUCCCUUGAUUGUGUUGAAUUGUUUUUAGAUCAAGAAAUGUCUCAGUAGAACGCCUUUUCUAAUUAAUGUGAGUAAGUGUGUGUUUUAAUACGCUUAAAAAAGGAGGCAAACGAGUUUUUUUUUGUUCGGACGGUGUUGCGGCUGCUGCAGGCAACGAAGUUUCGGUUUAUAAUUUUUGCUCUCAUCGUACAGCGAAGAACAACGUGCUCAGGCUAUAAACCAACCAGUGCAAAAAUGUGGCUUUUCGGAUUUUCACUGUUCGUGAUCAUCUGUGCGGCCAAGUGCACCGAGGGGGAUGUUUCGGUCGAAGCGGCUUUUCAAGGACGCUGCGGUCACGGUAGUCCUUGUGAGCAACUGUGCUAUGAACUGCACGACGGAAUGUACGAGUGUGAUUGUGCGGAAGGAUUUGAACUGAACAAGAACGGAUACAGCUGUCAAGAACUCAACACUACCUCGACGGAUGAAAAUGCAUCCAGUGUGGAGGAAGACGUCCUGUAUCAGCGAGGCGCCUCAUUUAGCGCCAAACUUGAUAUGUCCGAUUUGCACAUAUCGAUGAAGACCUACAGCGACGAGGACGACGAGGAUGGGGAGGGUAGCAUGAAACCGAUCAAUCUAAAUGCUAUCGAUGGAAAGCUCUCCUUGCGAAAAGUAAAUCAUAACUGGAAGGCGGAAGGCACCAAAUUGACAGCUGCCACUGGCAUCCACCGUCAGCAGCCAAAGGCGAAAUUAGCUGUUCAGUCACAUGAUAGCAGUAAAAGAGCAUCCCCAAACAGGACAAAGAAUGGCACCGCUGGCGGUAGUAACUCUAGAUCGGUUCACAUGGAGAUUGCCGGUGGUAGCUCAUUACAUAUGCAGGGUAUCGACGGACGGAAUCGAAGCGAAAUAAAAGCUCUUUCACUAACGGCGCCGGAGGGCAAUUUAGAUUUCGACACUCGGAGCAGUGCGGUAGCAACCACAUCGUUCCCUCCUGGUGGCAGCAGCAGUAGCAGUUCAGCGGAACCGGAAAACGUGACGGGAAUUACGAGUGCGGCGACUAGCUACAAUUCGACCGCAACGGCUGCAUCCAGCAGCGUAGAAAGCAGAGAACCGUGUACACUGGACUGUGGCUUCGAGGGAAUCUGUAGCAAUGGUGACAGCCGACAGACUCAGCGCUGCCUGUGUCCAUUCGGAAAAACUGGCCAUCGGUGCGAGGAAGAUUUUCGAGUCAACACCCCCCGGUUUAAUCAGCAUUCAUGGCUGGCCUUCCCCGCACUUAGGGGCGCCUACAAACAUGUACAGCUCCACAUUGAGUUUCGCCCGGAGUCCUUCGACGGCAUUCUGCUGCUGACAGGUGAAAGGGAUGACCUCACCGGCGACUUCAUGGCUCUUCUGAUACACCAAGGAUUUGUGGAGUUUUGGUUCGACUGCGGUUCCGGCACGGGACGGGUCCGUUCGGAGGAAACGAUUGUCCUGAAUCAGUGGAACACCAUCACCAUCUAUCGGCACCGGUGGGACGCCUGGCUGGUACUGAACCAAGGAAAUCGAGUGCAGGGACGUUCGAAGGGCCUAUUCUCCAGGAUCACCUUCCGCGAGCCGGUAUUUCUCGGCGGAUUUGGCAACAUAACCGGACUGGAUAAGAAACUGCCCGUGAGCAAUGGAUUUACCGGUUGUAUUCGGAAGUUCCUGUCAAAUGAACAUGAUUACAAUUUCUUGAACGUACCAGUCGGUGAUGUCAUGCACGGUUUUGAUAUUCAGGAAUGUGUCACCGAUCGGUGCAGCCGGUAUCCGUGUCAGCAUGGCGGAAAGUGUCUCCCGUCAGACGACGGAGCAAUCUGUCUGUGUCCGCUGGGAUUCGGCGGUGAUUUAUGCGAAAUGAGACUGGAUUUACAGGUGCCUUCGUUUAAUGGUUCUUCGUACCUGCGCUUUGCUCCCCUGGGCGAUAGCUGCAUCAUUUGGUUCGAGCUGAAGAUAAUCAUCAAACCCCUGCAGGAGGACGGGUUGCUGCUGUACAGCGGACAUCACGAGUACGGCGACUACAUUUCGCUGUGCCUCAACAUGGGAUACGUGGAGUUUACCUUCGAUUUGGGCAGUGGUCCGGCGACCGUAAGGAGUGAAUUCCCUUUAUCUAUGAAUCAGUGGCACGUUAUUAAAGUUUCCAGGACAUCCCGACUGGCUGUGUUGAAGAUCGAUCAGCUACCGGAAGUAAUGACGGUCUCGCCCAACGGAUUCUGGCAUCUUUCGCUGCCCCACAGCUUGUACCUGGGCGGGGUGCACAACAUCCACACACUGCCGAUGAGCCUUCGGGAUAAGGGAUCCUUCGCCGGAUGUGUACAGAAGGUUGAUAUCAAUGACCGGACCAUAUCAAUCAUUUCGGAAGCACUCGGUGGGUCCAACGUGGAGAACUGCCCCCAUGCCUGCGUGGCCCGUCCGUGCGGUCCGCUGGCUAAGUGUAUCCCGAAUUUGGACAGCUACGAGUGUCAGUGCAAUCCGCAGAAUAAGCAGUGCAACAAGGCGGAAGAAUUGCCCUCGGAGUUAAUCGAACAGCGGCAGCGAUUGUUGCUGCGAGAACACCCGGCUCAAUCGCAGGAGCUGGAACAGGAAACGACCUUGGCACCGGCAGUGACCGAAUUGGAGGACAGAAUUUCGGAUAGGACACGGAACAAUGGUGAUGAUGGUAAUGACGGUAAUGAUGGUGGUGGUGGUGGUGAAGAGGAUGAAUAUUACUACUACGAAUACGACAGUGGCGAGGGAGUUGUAGUGGGUGGAAAGGUGACUAAUGAGAAUGUUAAUCGUGUGAAGGAUAAUGGAAAAAUAAUCGCUAGGGUAGAAGAGAGCUCGGUGCCACUGGAGGCUACCACACAGCCAGGUAGCGAUUAUCGGUAUGAUGAGGAUGAGGUCACUAGGGGGACUGAUUCUAUCGGGCAAGAUGGCCGUGCUUCGGAGGGACCAGUAGACGAACAGAAUUAUAUCGAAGACGACAAUUAUAGUGAUAACGACGAUGACGACAUCGAUGUCGCAAACGAUAACAACCAUGAAAAUGACAGUAGCAACGAAUCGGUGUGGACAAAAGUGGAUGUGAAAAACAGUCCAAGCAAGAAAUAUUCUCCAGAAUCGAAAAAAUUUUCCACACCUGACAAGAAACGACAGUCGUUCAAAAGCGGAAAAACGUGGCAAUUUCCCACCAUCAAUGACGAAGAUGAAGGUAGGGAUUACGUCUCAGCUGGUGUCUCACUGGAGAAAACAGUCAGUAGUGACUACGCCAACGACGAAUAUAAUAAAGAUUACGACCGCGAGGGAGACAGGAUUCCAUAUCGGCCAGACCUGAUCCGAAAGAGUGACAGUCAACAGCAGUUGCGAGAAAAUACCAGCUCCAAGAAGCAACCGGGACGGGAUGCGGACAUUGAUGAAAUACUAAUCGAAGAAAUGAAUAGAAUAAUGAAAAAUAGAAAUGAUUACGGAGAUGAAAGCGAUUCGAGUGAGGGUGGCACUGGCUGGAGUCUCGACGUUGGUGAUGAAGAAAGACGGCGCGCCGGUGCUAAAAUAGAUGAAGCUGCUAACCGCGAGCAGAGUUUCGCCAACGAUGACACGGAUGCCGUCGGUAUUGAUAACCUUCACGUCACGCUUGACGUUGAUGGAAAGGAAAACAACGAACAUCGUGAUAAAAAUACAAACAUUUUCCAGGGUGCAAUAAAAAUGGCAUUCAACGAUCGUUCCGAUGGCAACACGGCAAGCAGUGAUAUCAAUGACAGGGGUAGAACCAGUGAUGGUAGAAGUAGCAGUAGCAGUAGUAGUAGCAGUGACAGUAGUAUUAGUAGUAGUAGUAGUAAUAGCCGUAGCGGUAGCAGUGGCAGUGUUGGUCUGCAGUUGAAACCGUCGGAGGAAGAGGAGGAUGAUGUGACUCGUAGCAUCAAGUACAAAAACAAAUAUUUUCGACGUUAUCAAGGGGCUUGCUUCACUGGAACGGAAAGCUUUUUCCAUUACAGUGAUGCUGAAACGAUGCGACGAGUAAUCAGCUACGAGAUUGAUUUGAAUCUACGAUUCAAAACGCACUCGACCAGUGGUUUGAUUCUGUGGACCGGAAGGCACAGUGCGCUGGAAGGCGAUGAUUUCCUGUCGCUGGGCAUUGAAAACGGCUAUCUUCAUCUGCGAUACAAUCUGGGGUCAGGUGAAAUUAAUAUCAAAUAUAACUCAACGAAAGUCAGUGACGGCCUGUGGCAUCGGGUGAGAGCUUUAAGGAACUCCCAGGAUGGUACUCUGAAAGUGGACGGUGGCAAGCCCAUUACUCGACGAUCGCCCGGGAAGCUGAGACAACUCAACACGGACACGGGGCUGUAUGUUGGGGGACUGCCGGCCAUCGCAUUCUACACCCGCCAACGGUACACGUCCGGAAUCGUGGGUUGCAUUUCCGAGCUGAUACUGGCCGGUGAGCUGAGGCUAAACUUUGACUCGACGAUACUGGGCACGGCACACAACGUGGAACCGGGUGCCCCUUGAAGGUAGACUUUGGAGUCGGUGGUAGUGGUGGUGGUCGCACCGUCGACUACGGUGGAGACCACAGCAACGAGACCUGGCCCGCAGAACCGGCUGACCAACGGUAGUGGUAGCAACAGUAGCAACAGCAGCAGCAGCAGCAGUAGUAGAAGUAACAUCAAAUGAACGUCCAUAACAGUAACUAUCGCUUGUGUGGAAAGAUUGAGUGUGUGAGUUUUGCCUAGAAAUGUACAAGAAUGAAGGGACGGCGCACGGAAUGGGGUGAAUGAGGAACAGAUACUACACACCGAUUUAGACUAAAUAAAUUUUUAUAUGUAAGGACUUAGGAUAAUGAGCUAGUCUAAGGGUUAGGUACUGAAACUGUAAUAUUUAAUGUUUAUAGCGAUAGAUUUACACACACUAUCUCACUAUCUGCUGGUGGAGAAAUAGAAAUAUUGAUCGUCUAGUAGCUGCAUAAUACGAGCGAAGUUCGUGGUUGUUGUUAGCUGAAGCAGUUUUCCGGUCGAUUGGUAGCGUUAUUGCAACCUACCAAUCUAAGGUACCUAACAUUCAGUUAGACCAACCACGAACCGAUUUCAUGUUCUGUUAACAAAAAGGAAAUUCAACAGUGAUUGCAUCAGAAUGAGUUUAUCAGAGUUCGUUGAAAAACAGAAAAAAGGGCUGAUGAAACCCUUGCACAUCAAAAUAUCUAUAAGUCAAUUCUUUUCUCUGCCUUCGAAUGAAUCUUGUCUGAGUUAGAUUCCAAAUUUGUGUUAGUUCGAGAAAAAACUAGAGUUUAAUGGAAAGAAAUGAAAAAAAUAACAAGAAACAAGAACAAUAAUGACAUCAUAUCAAAUGAAACUAAAAAUAAUUCAAAACAAGCGAAGAUCUCUGUUUGGAACCACACCAAUGCAACACAACAACAACGCUUAGAAUAUAACAGCAAGCGUAUAGGAGAUUAACCGUAAAGGUUAAAGUUUUGAGAUAAACAAACCCACAAAUAAAUAUGCAUACCUACACUCACGCGUACACACCUUCCUAAAUGUUGCUUAAGCUUCUUAUUUCAAUGAAAAUUGUUCUAAUCCUAAGCUAUAAAUUCCAGUUAAAGAGUGAGUUCAUUUUCGAAGUUUAGUUUGAAUGAUUGCACUCCACCUAAUUUUCAUGCAUAUAAACAAACAGAAGAAAAGAAAAGAAAAAACGAUUUUGUAUGCAACAAUACAGGGAACGAAGCGAAAACAAACGACGACCGGAAAUUGUACGAUUUGCAAGUCUUAUUUAAAUAGGAAUCAUCUAAAAGUGUUAUUGCUUCAUUUGCCGAUAAUUUGUGAGUUAUUUUACGAGACUGCUUCCGCCGCCGAUGGAAGACAGCCCAAUCGUAAAGUAGCUUAUAAGCCAUACAAUUCAAGUGCUUUACAAACAUAAGAUAACGUUUGAAGAAACUAUGAUUACGGAACCGGCGAUGGAGAGCGCCAUCUGCCCACAACACACACCAGUAAAAUACGAAACAUUAGUCUUCAUUGCUGAACUGGAUGAGUAUUUUAAUGAAAUAACUCAAUGUGGACCCGAACAUUGCGAAAAGUCCGUUAGCAGUGUUUUAUGGUUCUGUGUUUUAAAACUAUUCCUUUGGAACGAAUCCGUUUGUGAGGAAACCAACCAUAACAAAAAUCUCGUCGUCAGGUAUUUACAAUGGUAGCAACGAUUUUAUAAAUGCGUUUUAUUUAAAAAAAAUUGUUUCCGGUAGCAAAAUUUUCGGAUCAUACAACCGGUGUAGUCCAAAACUGCGUGCGAAUGCUCGUAGAAUCGUGUAGAAACAGUAGCUGAUUUGUACAAUGGGGCUUUAUUUUUCUGUGAAACAUUUUCCAGCUAUAGAGAAAAGUGAACAAUUAUAUCGUAUGAAGUGUAUACUGUAUAAAAGCAAAGAAUAGAUUUUACCAAAAAAAUAGACCUAAAACGCGGAAAAUAUCACCUAUAUAUUGAAUGUGCUCUGGUGGCCAUCUGAGGCAGCCAGUUUUUGCAAAUCGUUUUUCUGUUGUCCCACUGAUGAAGUACUGUUUUGAGAAGUAUUCCCCGAAAAUCACGAAAAAGUAGCUUUUUAUUCCCAGCAACUGCCAGCGUCCUGUGUAAAUAGAAAUCACGCAGUUAGUGCAACAAAAAAAUCCGCUUAUAAUUGUUAAAACAAAUAUUCAAAACAAAAAAAAAACAAUGUGAUGUACAACAAUCGUGCUCUAGAGUUUCUAUACAUCGUAGCUAUACGUUCAGUUGUAGAUGUUUCUUUUGGCAUAAGACUUCGUUUCUUCAUGUCGACGCUUUAUCUGCGGAGUAAGCUAAGGCUUUGGCAUAUCAGGAUGGCAAAAAAAAAAAAUGAAAAUAACACGCCACAAGAAGUUUGAUUAUUACGUCAAGAUUCGUAAUCGAAAAACAAAGCAUGACACCACCCAUUCGAGGCAACUGUUUGUGUUAUCAAUUUUUUCCGAUGGUAGUUACUCCAGAAUCAGUUCAGUGUUUCUAUCAUAUGUGUUGAUUACCCGAAUACCGGAGAAAUUGUAUAUUGUAACGAGAUUCAAAUAAACUGAAAUGGUAUUGGGUUUUGAAA